CUCUCUAUUCCUUUGUUACUUAUGAGAACUUGUUAUCAAGUAAGAAAUGUUUGUUUGAAAUUAUGUAUACAAACUGUAUUUGUAUAAAGAGGAAAAAAAAGUAUUGUUGACUAAUAAAAUUGCUUUAUCGUGUUUAUCUUUGUACACAGUUUGUUGGUUUCGCCACUCUGUAAUGGAAUUGAGUGGCAUAAUUAACGUAGAAAUUCUUCUGAUUCAAAGUAAUAUGACUAUUUUUAGAUUUUUCUUCUAAAAAUCUGUUGUUCUUCUCCCUAAUUUCCUCUGAAUCUAAGCAUUCAUGAAAUGUAUUUCUUUUUUUUUUAAUUGUAAUUUUCUUAUUUUAUUGAGAGAAAUGAUCUAGUUUUCCUGUGUUUGUGUUUAAGAUUAUUCUUCGUUCUUUAAUUUCUUGUUUCUAUUUGUUUUUGUUGUUUAAAUUUAUUGAUACGACUUAAAAUGCAUGUACUAAUCUCAGGAAGAAAAAAACGAAAAGGAAAAUAGAUACAGAUUUUUUACCAAAAAAAUGAAAAGGAAAGUAGAUACAGAUUAUUCCUUUAUUUUUCAAAGACGUUUCUCUUAACCUGAACGAGGGAUUUAAUGUGUUUUAUUUUUAUCCUUUUUAGUGUACAGAUUAUUUGUUAAUAAUCCUUUUUUAAUCUUGUUAACUUUAUUCACAAAAAAAAAACUCAAUGAAUUUCUUUUUUUUUCUUUCGCUUGCGCUCUAAGUUUCCAGAUUCUCAGAACGUAACAACAGUUCGACUCUUUUAUCGCCGUGGGGUAUAUAUCAAUAACACAUCUCCUCGAGAAGAAGAAGAUUUAACACACAGGAGGAAGAAUGGUUUGCUUUAACAGAAGAUAUCUUCUGUAUCUAUUGAUCAUUUUUUUAGUUUCUCCAAUAAAAUGCCACAGUUGGGGAUGGUUCUCUUCUUCUUCUUCUUCUUCUGGAGAAAACACAAACCCUUCUCCUUCCUCUCGGUCUCUUAAAUCCAACGCCGAGUUCUCCAUAGAAGUUUUCAGUGACCAGAAGGCGGUUCAAGUCCUCGAAGACGCUAAAAACAAGCUAGUAGGUCCAAACAGCUGCUGGCAAAACGCGUAUGGUUACCUCAUGAGUGGUUGCAAGGGCAUGGUUGCCACUGAAGAACAGAGGAAGAGAUUUGCUUGGCAUCUAAGCGAUUGCUUCCAGAAAGAAUCAGGAAGACCAGAUUUUCCCGCUUGUAAUGAUAAACAAACAAUGAUGAGUUGUCUCAAGAAGCUUGAUGAUCAUGAGCAUAAGAUCUAUCUCGAGUUCAUGCUUGAGACCAACACCAUCUGCCAACAAUUACAGAGUCAUGCACUCAAGAAUGAGAUAGAGAGGCUUGUGAAUGAUUUAAAGAGAUCAGCACAGAACACAGAGGAGAAACUAGAUAUCCUAGAGAGUAAAUCAGAUGAUAUACUGCAUAGCACUAGCAAGAUUCAUGAAUCUGUAGGGUCGAUAGAUGUUGUGGUUAAUAACGUGGCUCACAAGACAAACACUAUAGGAACUCAAAUGAGUGGUUUGUCGCAACAAACAAGAGAUAUCUAUCAAGAACAGAAGAGCAUUACUGAGUCACAGUUGGCGUUAAAGGAAGGUCAAGAGAAGAUGGGAGAAGCCAUGAGAGUUGGAAUGGAGACGUUCAAUGAUUCUGUCACUGACGUCAAGGAAGGUGUUGAUAGGUUGAAGAACGACACAAAGCAGAUCGGUGGGAAGAUAAAUUUACUUGGAGAGAAGAUGACUGAGAAGAUGACUGCUUUGGAGAAUCAAACGAGUAUCAUCGGAACUAUGACCAACAGUACUUUAGAUAAUCAGCAGAAGCUUUUGGAAGGACAAUCUGUGGCUAUCGAUAGUAUACAGUCUCUUAACCAGUUUCAGAGCGAGGCACUGCAAGAGAGUAGGAGUACGCUGCAGCGUUUCGCGGAGUUCAGUCAGGAGCAACAAGAAGAUCUUGCAAGGCGACAAGAAGAGCUUCAGAAGGUGCAUGAUCACCUGUUUGAGAAUUCAAAAUCAAUGCUGGCGGCACAGGAAGCGUUUGAGGCGAAACAGGCAAGCAUGUUUGUAGCUUUGGAUAAGCUGUUUGCUUUGCACAAUGCGAUGCUUUUGGAGUCAAGGGUGAUCAAAGCUUUCUUCAUCUACUUCUUGUCCAUCUUUGUCAUUUACAUGUUUACAAGUACAAAGCAAACUUAUACCAUAAGGCCAAGGCUUUACAUUGGUUUGUGUGUUACCUUAGCAUUAGAAGUGUCUAGUUUACGUUACGUGAAUGAUGCAGAACACAGAGCAUGGGUUAUAAACCUUGUUAGGUCUUUAUUCGCGGUUCUUGCUUCAGCUCAGCUUCUUCAUGCUGCUUUCACAUACAGGGACUAUGAAGUAUUAAACCACAACAUUCUCUUGAGAUUAGUUGAUAAGGUUAACAGCAUGCAGAGGAAAAGAGAUCUCUUGUGGGAUGAAGAUACGGAUAGCGAGGUUGACUGGAAUUCUUGGAUUGAUACAGAUAUAACUGAUGAUGAUGACAGUCUCGGUGAUCCUGAUUACAGAAUCCCAGAACAGAUCAAGGACAAUGUGGGUUUCACCUCGCCAGUGACCAAAAGAUUAUACAAUCUCCGUCCACGAUAAAACCAGAGAAGAAUUAUGUGAUUGCUGCAGGUCAAAACUACAUUUAGUAGUACACUCAAGAGAAUGUAAUGGUCUAGGGAGACUUCACAUUGUCUACAAGAAGAGACGGAUGAUAAAAAAAUGUUAUUAUCUGUCUCUCUGUUAGUGAGACAAAACCUUUCCUUCAAUAGCUUUUACAUGUUGCUGCUUGGUGAAAAAUGUACCCAUCAUUCUCCAAUACUUGUAUUUUAUAUAUUUACCAUUGACA